AAACACACCCACCCAUGACUUUGCUUAUAGGACUACAUUCCUUUCCUUUCAGAAAUGCUAGCAUGCUGGUGUCUGCUCCACAGAUUCUACUUCCCAGACAGGUAACCUCGUGGUUCAAAAUGACUGCUGGGAAUAUACCCAUCUCAUCCCUUCCAGGCAAGACGUAUGAGAAGGGCAGUGAGUGACUGAAAGGUGUGUGUUCUAUAAAGACAGCCUCCUUUACAGGUACUCAGUUUCUGUGGCCCUCUCUGGAACCUCUCUGGGCCCAUCCUUGUCAGCAGACCUUUCCCAGUGUAACUCACCCACAUUGCUGUUCCUGGGAAGAUGAGGGAAGGGAACAAUGCUUUAUUCUAACAUGGAAGAAGGACAAGAAACUUUCUUAUCCUUCUGAGACAGAAACUGCUGGCUCAAUGACCUACUACAGAGUCUUUACAGCUGAAGGUCCCUCUCCUCUGAGAUGGACAGUACCACCUAGCAGUAUGCUUGCCCAGGCAACAUGAACCAGGUCAAAAGUAACCGAGAACUGUUCCUACAAUACUCAGCCACAGCCCCCAAACUGCUGGCCCACGUCUCCAAACUUCUCAUUUUCUGCCGAAACUCAGGCAUUACCAUCCCAAAAGGCAUCAGGAAUAUCUUUGAGUUCACCUGGGAGGAACUCAUCUGUGACCCUGCAGUGCCCACCCCAUCUGAGAUCCAGGAUCUGGUGAUCAGCUUUGGAACUCCUACAGUGGUGCUUGCAGAGGUGAUCCCAGUGCAGGUCCCCUUGCAGAAGAAGCCACCCCCACCACCCCCACCACCACCAGUACCGCUGACAACCCCCAGUGGGGGCAAGCACUCGACCACCACUCCUGCCUCUACUCGAUUGGUGCCCACUGGUCAAGAUACCCUGCACAAGUUCCAGCGGCAAUCCAUCCACCUGCUGACAGAGCUGCUUUCCCUGAAGAUGAAGGCCAUGGUGGAGUCUGCCUCUGCAGGCGCUAAUCCUCUGGACAUCACCAAGCGCUUUGUGGAGGCCAGCCAGCUUCUCCAUCUCAAUGCCAAGGAGAUGUCCUUUGACUGCCUGAUUGGCACUGUCGGAAAAAGCUGCUUUAGUUCAGCACAGCUGGGGAAAGACUCCCCCAUGAACAUCUCUGCCAUGGGAGUGAACACUCCCUAUCAGCUGGUCUACCAGAAUUCCACAGCCUGUCUGAGCUUCUCCCUCUCCACAGGAAAGGAAGGCAAGAAGAAAGACACUGGAGGCAAAAAGGCUACAGAUGAGCUCACGCCCCCACUCCCACUCCCACGAGUCCGAACCCCUCCUGAAAGCACUGUCGUUGAGUUCCAGGACCCCUGCCCUGAGGCCCGGGAAAAGCUGCAGGAUAUGUGUCGUCACAUAGAAGCCGAAAGGAUCUUGUGGAAAGGGAGGAAUGUCUCCUGUCCCAUGAUUUUACGCAACUACAGGGCAAAGAUACCCUCUCAUUUAAUGUUGACCUCCAAGGGGGACCCUCACCAACCUCCCACUGCGGGGACUCAGGUUACUGCUUCCACUCUUAACCAGCCUUCCAGCCACCAUGCUCAUAUGGGUCGCCAUUCUCAAGAGUGGAAGGGGCCCAAGAAGCCAAUCAAGCUGCAUUACACUUUCUAUGAUGGCUCUUCCUUCAUUUACUAUCCCUCUGGAAACAUUGCCAUGCUUCAGAUUCCCACGUGCUGCAGAGGGAAACCCAUCACCUGCCUCUUUAAUGACACGCCUAACACCUUCCUGGCUCUGUUCAAUGCUGAUGGCCAAGGCUGUGUUUACUACAACCUAAAGAACUGCUGUCCAUAUGUCUUGGUUUUGGAUGAGGAAGGUGGAAUCACAAAUGACCAAAAGGGCUGCAUAGUCCAUAAGUGGAGCUGGGCUAACAAGACUGAGACAUUACUCUCUCUGGAAUACAAGGUGAAUGAACAAAUGAAGCUAACAGUCUUGGGGCCGGACUCCAUCACUGUCACCUUCACCUCCAUGAAUGAGACGGUAACACUCAGUGUGUCGCCCAAAAGCUGUCCCCAUGGCAUAGUGCAUGACAAACGGCCAGUUCGCAGAAUCAGUACCUUGGAUGAAAAGAUGUUAAAGAUAAACAGAGCCCUGGUUGAGAUCAAGAAGCGGUUUCAGAAGACUGUGACUCAGUUUAUGAACGCUGUGUUGCUGGCAGCAGGUCUGUUUACCAUAGAAUAUCCCACCGUGAAGGAAGACACAGAAGCUAGUCGUGUCAAGUUGAAAUCUGGGUCUUACCCUGAUCGGAGCCGUAAGUCAAGUUUAUACCAAGGAGAAACCGUUGUACGAUCCCAGUCAGCCCGACCAGAUUCCUUAAUUGAAGACACAUUGAAGGAAGAGUCUAUACAAACACCCUUGAUCCCUGUUCGAAAGAAGAGUAACAAAGUCCAGGCCAGAGUCACACCAAGAGGGAAGCCGGGAGAAGUACGUAGUCCCACCAGAUGGGCCGCCUCACCCUAUGACUGCCCACUGGUGCUGCGGAGGCUCAUUCGCAAGGAAGACAUUCGGGCUGGCUGCAAGUGUAUUGUGAAGGCACCCCUGGUGUCUGACUUGGAACUAGAGCGCUUCCUGUCUGCACCCCGAGACCCCAACCAAGUGCUGGUAUUCGGAAUAAUGUCAAGCCAGAAUCCCAACAAUACUGCACAGUUGCAAUGGCUGCUGGACACACUGUAUAGCCUUCGGCAGCAGGGCCGUUCGUCACCCUGCACCCAGUGCCGGCUUGAUCCUUAUCGUCUGCUGCGGUAUGACAUAGACAGCCCCCUGCAGAAGGAUCCACCCCUAAUGGUGAAGAAGUUUGCUGUGGUGCACGGGAUGGUUUUGAUGUUUGCUGGGGGGAAGCUCCUUUUUGGGGGCUGUCUCCUAAAUGGCUAUGGCUUCAGUAAGCAGAAUCUACUGAAACAGAUCUUCCGGGCUCGACAGGAUUGCAAGAUGGGCUACUUCUUGCCAGACAACUACAAAUUCAACGUGCCAACCUAUACCACAAGCCUGGAAGAUUCUGAGUCAUCUAAAAGACCCCCAUCUGAAGAUUUCGAAGGAAGUGUCUCUUCGUUGGCGCUUGGGGACAAAAUGGAAAAAACCCCUUCUACCCCCCCUGACAAGUUGAAACAGCCUGAAGAAGAACUGCUGCAGCCUUUCAUCAAGAAUAGGAGGAGCAGUAAGAAGAUAAGUAGCUGGAAAAAGUCUAAGAAGUGAUACUGGAAGGACCAGCGAUGCCCUCCCUACACCCAGUCCUACUUCCUGGUCUCCCACCACCCUUCAAUAAAUGUGUAUGCCUCCAGCAUCUGGGUGAGGCAGUGGUGGGUGGGAAAGGCCCAGCUUUGACUCCAAGAAGGCCCGAGGCCUCCCCAACUAGUUUCAGGCCGUGUUCUUGGAAACUUGCUACCUCCAACUCAGAGCUUCCUCUGUGUCCAGGAGUAAGCCUGAAUCUGCCAUUCUGGUGAACAAAGGUCUCGUGGUCCAGGGCCUGCCUGCUCAACCACUCAGCAACCCUGGGGAGUCUCAGAAGGGUCUGGAUGGUGUAUCUCACCCUCUGUCAAGUGGGAAAGACUUCUGGUAGAAAGAAGAUGAGAAAGAAGAGGGACACGGAAACGGAAAAGAGACUGAGGGAGUGGUGAAAAAAAAUGAGGAAGCAGGCAGGAAUGAGAAGGAAGGAGGGGCAGAAAGGGACGACGAAGAAAGUGAGAGACAAAGCUGAAGAGGAGGAGUGGGCCGAAGGCCAGAGUCCAGCAGACACCUUGCAGGCUCUCAUCACCAUUUAGCUCAGCAAUAGAACACAUGGCUGGACUAGAUUCUCCUUUUUCUGAGUGCAUGGGCCUGGGAUAUCCUUACCAACAUCCAGGGGCCCAGGCAACUGUCUUCUGGGGUGAUACUUUGUCCUUACCUCUGAGAGAGCUGGAUCUCUCACCGCUGUGUAGUUGGUAAGAGCUGUGUUCCCAUAGCAAGGAGUGUGGAGGGUCUGCCUUGGCCUUUGUGCCUAGAGUAGUCUAGGUCCCAAACAGGCAGUAAUCAUUUGUGUUUCUUGCUUUUUCAAUCUGAAUUUGCCACAGCUUAGUAUUUUGUUUGUUUUUUUUUUUUCAUUUUGUUUUGUAGCUUUCAAAGACAUUUUUUGAGUCAUGUGUUUCUUCCCCUAGAAGUGUAUUUGAAGUGGCCUGCCCUGUUCUUAAGUUGCAUAUGUUGAUAUUUUCAGGCCUUGAGGUUUGUUACGGGGUUUAGAGCUCUAAGCAUCCCCCCAUCCUUCCCCUCCAAACACAAAGACAGAUAAAAGAAAGAAGACAAGGGGCAAAAGUUCUGUUCUAUCCUCACAUCCUCCAGCCUGAUGAAGGUCAGAACCAAGGCCUCUGCUUAGGAUAGAGUCUGCAAUGAAGCCUCUGACCUGUGCCUCUCUGACCUUCAGGCUGUAUGCUCUGCUGUGCUCAAGCGAAUAUGCUAAGCAGUCAGUGCUGUGCGCACAGGAACAGAGGCAGGGCAGGUCCUGGUCCUCUGCAGUGUCCUCAGCAGGGUGCUCAUCACCCUGGAGGGCUGCCUAUGAACAGGACCACCUCCCACUAGCAGAGCAGGCAGUGAAUGUCCAGGGCAGCACCAUCAGAUCACUCCUGGAGGAGCAGGAUAAGGAGGAGGAGGAGGAGGACAAGAAGGAGGAAAUCCUUCCCCAUGGAAAUGACAGGAGAGAGAGGUAGGCUUUCUUCCACAAUGGCUUGCACAAAGCAGGCUGCUAGGUGUCUGAGCUGUAAACUCUGUUGAUUAGAGCAGGGCUUCUUAAACUUUUCUCACUUAGUACAAGAAA